AUGCCUUCAUCAAGCGAGCUCUUCACAUCCGAUGGUGGAAUCAAUCAGCUCUCGAAACACGUCAACUCCUGUGGUCCAGAUGAGGCAGCCCAGGACAGCUUCCAACUGGGCCAGGCUGCAGUGUCCGCCUUGACGAAUGGGAAACGGGGAUAUGCUUGGUCUCGACUUCUCACUGCUGUUGCUCCAAUUCGUCGAUUACCUGAAGCUGUGCGGGAUUCAUUGAUCUUGGGAGGUUGGUAG